AAGUGGGAUGGACAAACAUGUGAAAAAGUCUCAGGCAUAUGAAUGAUUAAAUUGGAUUUUACGUACACCUAUCUAAAUGCGACAGGCGUUUAAUAAAAUAAAACUACCAAUUACUUGGAUAAUCGAAUAAUGUGCAGACGUAGCGAAUAUGUACGUAGAGAAGGUCAUACACAUUAUGAUUAGGAUUACGAGUUACAUGAUAAGGUCCUGCAUGGGAACCAUUUCCAUCGUAAAUUAAGCGGUACUUAGCUAAGAAACUAAAAUGCCUCGCAUGAAUUUAUAAAUAAAGUAACGUAGACUUUUCAACUAAGACCAUAUGUAGAAAAUUAUAAACGAAGAAUACUUCAUAAUGUGAGAAACGUUCAUAUUCAGAAGCGUACUUUACAUAGGAUGGCUUACCUCAUGCGACACUUAUAAAUCAUGUCCCUUCUUCAAUUAGACAGUGUUGAGUAAACAGUGUAUAUUAAUUUUUCGCAAUGCAUGCAUCAUUCAUACGUAGUGACGAUGAGCAUCUUGAGAAUGAAAACCCUUAUUCAAUGUUACAGUAAUAACGGCUCAAAAAGAUCCCGUUUAAAUCUGGAAUAGCUGAGUUACAGGGAUGGAAAUUUAUGAAGGGUUCAAAAUCCACGGGUUUAUUCCUUCAUCACUGCCACAAGAAUUAGGCCAAAUAUCGAACCGUUAUAUGUCCAGCAUUCCUUCCAAAGGCGAAGCCCUUUAUGUUAUAAAUAUGAUUGUCACGUUGGAAUAAUUGUCAAUCAGAAACUUAUCGCCAGGGCUGGAAGUUCUUCUCUGACUCUUGCAUCAUGAAAUCAUUUAAUUGCUUAGAAGUAGGGAUUUUAAUAAGUUUCUUAUUUUUCUUAUCCUUUGUUGACGGAAAUCCCAAGUUUAUGUCCCCCGAAAAGAGACAUGAAUUUAGUGGGUUUAAGCUUUAUCAAGUCAGCACACGCUCAAAUGAGGGAUUAAAAGUCUUGAGAGAUCUCUGGGAGGAGCAAGACUCGGAAGAUGAAGGGUUCGAUUUUUGGAGUCCUCCAAAAAUUGACGAAAAUGGGACGGCGGAGGUCAUGGUGCCUAAAAAUCAGGAGUCCGAUUUCCAAAACCUACUUAAUAGUUUUUCCAUGAAUUAUUCUGUGGUGAUUGAUGACAUUGAACGCCUGGUUGCGAAACAAUAUGCAGGCAUGUUCAGGGAAAAAUCAAUGAGCUGGACAGAAUAUCAUUACCCUGAAACGUUGUUUUCCUUCCUUACUAAUCUCGUGUCUACCAGGAAUGGGUUAUAUGUAAACACCUCCACCAUUGGUCUCACAGUUGAACGAAGACCAAUAAAACUCAUAAAAAUUUCCAGUGGUGGUCCCGGAAAACAAGCCGUUUUUAUUGAUGGAGGAAUCCAUGCACGGGAAUGGAUAAGCUCUGCAGUCUCGACUUAUAUUGUCAAUGAAUUAGUUCAUAAUUCCACAAAAUACGAAGACCUGUUGAGGCGAUUUGACUUUUAUAUUAUUCCUCUUCUUAACCCUGACGGCUAUGCCCACUCGUGUAACUAUAAUCGUCUUUGGCGAAAGUCCAGGAAGGCCAAUGAUUUAUUCUUUGGCUUAAUAGGAUGUCGAGGGGUCGACCUGAAUAGAAACUUUGGCUAUUCUUGGGGCGGUCGAGGAAGUGGCAGGCAGCCGUGUUCUCUCAUUUACGCCGGACCUCAAGAAUUCUCUGAGCCAGAAACUGCAGCUAUCCGAGAUUUUAUUGCUAGCGAUGAAAAUGCAGAUAUUGAUUGGACAGCGUACUUCACGUUGCACUCUUUUGGACAGAAAUGGUUGAGUCCAUGGGGUCACACCUCUGUUCUCCCUGAAGACUACUCUGAAAUGGAGAGGGUUGGCAGAAUCGGUAUCAAAGCUUUACGUGCAGUCCACGGUACAAGAUAUUCUUUUGGUUCAACAGCCAAUACUUUAUACAUUGCAUCAGGAUCGAGCAUGGAUUGGUGGAAGGGCGUAGUGGGUGUACCAUAUUCCUACACCCUUGAGCUCAGGGACUACGGUUUAUUUGGAUUUUUGCUUCCUGCUUAUCAAAUCAUUCCCACCGCCGAGGAAACCUGGGCUGGAAUUCAAGCAUCGUUAUUGGCAAUUCCUGAAAAGAAAAAUUAAGCUGCUUACUCCAAAUGUUUGAAAGCAUUAAAUUUACAAGCUUCCGGUCGUACUUAUUUAAGGGAUUUCAUAGGAAUUAUGAACACGGCAUUAGCAUUAAUGGUUGAAUUUGUGUAUUGCGGACCUACUUGUAUGGGACCACUGCCUAAUACCAUUCAAUGAGCUAACGAUAAAUCUCACAUUUCUGUAAAGAUUAUUUGCUACAAAUAAAUAAGCAUGUAGAAUCCUACCCAAUUGCAGACUCGAAAAUGGAUUUAUGAUAUUUUGCAUACACGUGUAUCGUUGCUC